GGCCCCGCCCUCACCUCUGCUUUGACAGUCGAGCGUCGACGUCACCGAUCGAACACGGAAACAGAGGUGUUGUGAUGGAGGUUCAGCGGCUCCUCCGGCUGUGUGGUGACCGGGUUUAGUGGCUGUCAGCGCGGGGCUGGACGACGCGAGAGCGGGCCGCUGCGGAGCGUGUGGCCGAUGGACCGCGGCGCUGGAAACGUCGCGGGGUUUCGACCUCUGUUGUCGGUUGAAUAGCGUCAGGCGCUCGGAGCCCUGAGACGCGGAGAGCUGGGGGUCAUGGAGGCGGUGGGACGACUUCUGCUGCCUCUGCUGCUUCUGUCCUGGGGAGGACAACAACUACAGGUUGGGGGGGUCCGGUCCGUCACCCUCCCAGAGUCCCUCUUGUUCGUCUCGACACUGGACGGUAGUCUGCACGCUGUCUCCAAACAAUCAGGGGAGAUCAAGUGGACUCUGAGAGAAGACCCCAUCAUCCAAGUGCCUGUCUACCUCUCAGAGCCGGGUUUCCUCCCAGACCCCAAUGAUGGUAGCUUGUACAUCCUGGGCGGGAAGCACAAGGAAGGCCUGAUGAAACUUCCUUUCACCAUCCCAGAGCUGGUUCAGUCAGCUCCCUGCCGGAGCUCUGAUGGUGUCCUCUAUACAGGUAAAAAACAGGAUGUGUGGUUCGUGGUGGAUCCUGAGACCGGUGAGAAGCAAACCAGUCUGACCACCUCCUCCUCUGAAUCCAUCUGCCCCAACUCUCCUCUGCUCUACAUAGGACGCACAGAAUAUGUUGUUACCAUGUUCGACACGAAGACGCAGGAGCUGCGAUGGAACGCCACGUACAACGAUUACUCAGCUCCUCCUUAUGAUGAGAAGCAAGACUACAAAAUGGCUCAUCUUGUGUCGAGUGGGGACGGUCUCGUCGUGACAGUGGACAGAGAGUCAGGCGACGUCCUGUGGACUCAGAACUAUGGCUCACCCGUCGUGGGCGUCUACCUGUAUUCUGGCGACUCGCUGAGACACGCCCCCCACCUGUCCCUCGCCAUGGAAACGCUGCGCUUCCUCACCUUCUCUGCCAGCGACCGCGCGGACGCACACUCCACGCUGAAGUGGAGCUAUCAGUUUGUGAAGGAGCAGGCAAGCGCAAAAACACAACUCGUACCAACUCUCUAUGUUGGAAAGUUGGACACUCACCUUUACGCCUCGACCUCCCUCGUCCACCAUGGAAUCUCCUUAGUGCCUCGGGGUCUGACCCUGGCUCGGAUCGAAGGUCCUGUGACGGCUGGAGUGACGGUCGGAGAGCGAGGGGAGUGUGAGAUCAUACCGUCCACCGACAUACGCUACCCACCGGGGACCACCAACAGCCGGAAGAACCACUGGCUGAUAAUAGGUCAUCACGAGCUCCCUCCAGUCGCCCACACCACCAUGCUGAGGGAUUUCCCCGUCAGCCUGCAGCAUUCUGGGGAGGCGGUCAUCCCCCCUCGAUCCCCCGGCUCCCCUGCCUCCUACUACCACCAGCGAUAUUUCCAGACGGUCGGUGGUGGCCAUAGCGACACUACUGGUGACAGAGGAGGGGAGGACGGGGACGCUUCGGGGCCGACGCAGCCUCAGAGGCCGGUCGCUGCGCUGCCCGUCUACAUGACUCAGGACCGCCUGACGCUGGCUGUUCUGACGCUGCUGCUGGGAGGAUGGCUGGCCUUCGCGCUCACGUACCCUAUUCGAGCAGCCCAGCAGCUGAAAGCUCAGAGGCAGCUGGAGGAGGCGUUUGAGUCUCGUCUCCAGUGCUUGCAGACCAACAUGCAGACAAACACCCCGACGGUGACCUUGGUUUCCACAGACACGACUCUCUCCACCGACACAAACCUCUCCGGUGACUCUACACCUGCAUCGGCCAACCCCCCACCGAGCCCUCACACUCGGAGCAGCAGCACCUCAGACGCCGGCAAAAAUGAUACAACUGCUCACAAUCCCACAGCAGACCUCUCAGAAGGAAACAGUGAGGAGGUGCAGGUCGGGAAAAUCUCCUUCACUCCGUCUGACGUCCUUGGACACGGCACAGCAGGAACCUUUGUGUUCAGGGGUCAGUUCGACGAACGACACGUGGCGGUGAAGCGAAUCCUGCCGGAGUGUUUUGAGGUGGCAGAGAGAGAAGUGCAGCUCCUGCGAGAGUCCGACACUCACCCGAACGUCAUCCGCUACUUCUGCACGGAGAGAGACCACCUCUUCACGUACAUCGCCAUCGAGCUGUGCGCCGCAACGCUGCAGCAGUAUGUGGAGGAUCCAUCUGGCUUCCCUGAGUUGAAUCCUAUAACUCUACUGGAGCAGACCAUGUGUGGCCUUUCACACCUGCACUCACUCAACAUAGUCCACCGCGACCUGAAGCCUAGAAACAUCCUGCUGUCGGUUCCCAGUGCGCUGGGUCAAGUCCGAGCGCUCAUCUCGGACUUCGGUCUCUGUAAGAAGAUCCCAGACGGUCGCUGCAGCUUUUCUAUGCGGUCGGGGAUUCCGGGAACUGAAGGGUGGAUAGCUCCUGAAGUACUGCGGGAUACGCCUGGAAAUAAACCAACGGCAGCGGUGGACGUGUUCUCGGCCGGAUGUGUGUUUUACUACGUGAUCAGCAGGGGGCAGCACCCUUUCGGCGACGCACUGAGACGACAGGUCAACAUCCUGGCAGGAGAAUAUUCCCUCUCACGUUUUAUGGAGGAUAUACACGAUAACGUCAUAGCACAGGAUCUGAUCGAGCAGAUGAUCGGUGCCGAGGCCGAGUCUCGUCCGUCCACCGCCUGCGUGCUGAAGCAUCCGUUCUUCUGGAGUUUAGGGAAGCAGCUGCUCUUCUUCCAGGAUGUGAGUGAUCGCAUAGAGAAGGAAGCGGCGGACAGUCCCAUCGUGGUCAGACUGGAGACUGCAGGCAGAGCCGUGGUCCGAGCCAACUGGAGGAUGCACAUCUCUGGGCCUCUUCAGACAGAUUUGCGGCGAUUCAGGACGUAUAAAGGAAACUUGGUGCGAGACCUGCUGAGAGCCAUGAGGAAUAAGAAACAUCACUACCACGAGUUGCCGCCUGAGGUGCAGGAGACGCUCGGCGAGCUGCCUGAAGGCUUCAUCAGCUACUUCACCUCACGGUUUCCACGGUUACUGAUGCACACGCACGCCGCCCUGAGCAUCUGCGCCCACGAGAGGCCGUUUCACUCCUACUACCUGCCCCCCAGCGCCAAGCAACUUUAACAUGACUCUGCUCUCCGGACUCCACACGCACAUGCGUCCAUGUACCUUUUGGUGAGCAAAGGAAAUCGCUGACAGUGCCAUGUUAUUGCUUUUGUAAAGCCCACACUGUUUAGGGGACGGUUACAGUGUUUGUUUUUUUUAUAAACCUUGAUUUGUUUUACAGAUCCAUUUUGCAGAUAUAUUUUUAAAAUUAAACCUAGAAACCACUCAGAAUGCAGAUCUCCACAAAGUCUGCACACGGUUGUUACAUCAAUAAUAUAAAUAUGAAAUCUUUAAAAUGCAGUUGCCAGAUAUUUGUAUUCAGUUAAGUGCAAUAGUUUAGCUUUGUGUUUUUUUUAAUCACUACAAAUCCAGGAGCGCAGAAGUUCUUUGAAUUCACUUUGGGGGGAAAAACCAUCAGAAUUAACGAGAUAACAAGCUGAGAAUAAAGCUCCGAAGCCGACAUGUUCCACCUGUGUAGUUUGAUCCAGUUUGAUUUGGUUUGGUGUUGAGAUGUUGCGCCUUUAAGUGAUGGAGAUGAAAGCUUCUCCCACGAGUUGGAACUUUCUCGUUAAUUCGGAAAAACACAGCCGACUUUUUUCUUCUCAAGUGAACACAACAUACUUCUGUGCUGGAUAAAAGACUUUGGGCUGUGCGGAGAUUCCUUCAUCUUUACUCUUUGAUGCAAUUCUGUCUUUUUCUUUUUAAUUCACAGUUGAAUUUUUGCAAUAUUUUAUUAGAACGAGGGGAGAAAAAGGCUCCAGAGUUUCCCAAAAUAACGGGUUUUAUCCCAAAUCACCAAAUGUCCCUGAAAUACAUCGCCUCCCUUUCCUUUCCUGUCCGUCUCUGUUACUUUAUCUGAUAUCCUACAUGUGUAUAUAUACAAACUUAUUCAACUACUCUAUUUUAUAGAUGUUUUGCCUUUAGUGGAUAGUUCAGACAGGAAACAAGGAUGAGAGAGAGGGGGCGACAUGCAGCAAAAGUCUGUAGAUAAAAAGCAAUGAUCACUUAUUUUUAUGAAGAUAAACAUUUGAAAUAAAUGAGAAACAGUGUUGCUCAGGUCUCAGAUUCUAGCUUCACGCUUUAGUUUUUUAAAAAGUGUACUGAAAUAUGAUUAUUGUGGAGGGUGAAAAACAAACACAACAAUUCUGUCACAACACUGGACGACAACAGGCGGGUGAAGAGCUCGCGUUGACUGUUUUAAAAAGACAGAUGUUCAGUUCCCCGUCCUGCUGCUCGUACGUGGACUUUGCCCAAAUCACUACAAUGUUUGAUGUUAUGUUUUUAUGUAUUUGAUGUAGUUGUCUGUUACUGCACUGCUGAAGGAUAAUACUCAAAUAUCACUGGCACUGUGUAAAAAAAAAACUGUUGGGAAAUGUGGCAGCUUUUCAUUUGAAGUUACGGACAUGUAUGUUCCAUGUUGUGCGGUUUACACGCAUGUAACCGAGCUGCAGUUUGUGUCAUUGGAUCAUCACUCCCCCCUGAAUGUUUCUGCACUGCUUCAACUUUUUAAAACCUUCACAGUUUCACACGAUGCUGCCGAGUCGUGUGAAAUCUCCGGAUGAAGGUUUGUUUCGAGUUCUGCGGUGGAAUGAAUGAUGAAGAAUUAAUCUUUUGUACUUUUUCUUUUCCGUGAAUGAGUGAAUUAAAUUGAUGCUUUGGGUGUGCCAAAGAAUGAAGUCAA